AUGCUUGAGGCAAAGGAGAAUAUAGAGGUGUCACUUCAGGAAGAAGGUGAGUUUAAACAAAAUUUUUCUUAUCGUUUACCUUAAAAGGUGCUGCAGUUCAUUCUCAUUUUUCGUCACUUAGGGGAGAAAGGAGAAUAACAUCCGGUCUUCAUGACAACCAGCACAUCACAGACACACGUCCCUCACUCUCUGGAAAGUUUCUUGAGUUCCUUCCAUCUCUCCAUCCCUCCCUGCCUCGUUCUGCACCUCAUCCAAGACAACAGAAAUGUGAGAGCCCGUUUAUCGUCUAUCUCUUUUUUAACCUUAUGAAUCGCAUACAUGUAACGUGAAUGAUUCAGCGUGAGUUUAAAAAACGCAGAAAGCGUGAUGAAACCGUGAUGUGUAAAAUUGGUGUCUUGCCCAUUAGGGUAUUCUUCUCAAAUCAAUGUCACUCUUCAUUGGGGCGGGCAUCAAAGGCAGUCUCAACUCCAUACGUAAAUCGCUCUGACGAAGGGCUAACGCUCGAAACGUCAGCUUUUUUACCCUUUACGGUGGCUAAUUUACGUUUUCAACCCAGUUGUUAACACUACAUUACCUGCUAUACUCUCCCACCGACGCAGCACCACAGUUUCUUUAGAAACUUACCCCUUUAUCCAUACGUAAACUGCAAGGUUCUCAUCUCAGAUCUACUUUCAUGUGUAUCUGAAAGUGCACAUAAGUCAAUCCAUUACCGAUACUUUUUUCUUCUAACAGUACUCAACGUCACUUCCACGCAGACAAACAUCACCCUCGACGAAGGAAGCACAACAACUCUCAAUUGCAGGGUCAUCUUUUCAGAAGCUUUCGCUGUGGUCGUGUACAGGCUUUUGAACGGAAAGAUAGUCCCUAAACCUGAAGUCUUGCACCAAGAAGUGAAUGGCAUGUCCUUGGCAAACAAAGUUAAACGACUCAGCAUAAGGCUGGAACUGAAACAUGUGUCCCUCGCCCAAAGUGGAAUCUACACGUGUGGUGCAAACUCCACCAUUGGUUUAAAACACACGACAUAGCUGUGAACAUACGUGACACACAAGGUCCAGAUUUCAAAUUCACACAGAAAAUUAAAUCCUUUGUUGAAAUUGCAAACGGUACAAAUGUUACUUUAAGUUGUCUCGGAAUUUACCCAGCAGCAUCGUUUGAUGACACUUUCUGGCUUUUUAAUGGCAGCCAAAUAAAAAGUAACAAGCACUUUGAAAUAAACAAUGGUUUCGUUGACAACAAUGAGGGAAAUGUUAAGAGGAGACUUCUCAGCCUAACGAUAUACAAUGCUGGGGUUGAAGAUAGUGGAACUUGCGGACGAAAAACAUCAAGGUUUAUGUGACAUAUUUUCCGGGUAUGGGUUUCUUUUCUAUUCGCUCCUGUUCUUUUGCUGUAAUAAAAACAGCGACUCCUUUACGCAGAGUGUCUGUGAGGAAUGUUAAUGAUCGCGUAGAAUGCUGUUACUACGAAAAAUAUGGCAACUUCUGUUCGCCGUUGAAACUUUGUGUUAUUAUCAAGACCUUCUCACCAUGCAACUGAGAAUGAGUAUUGGCCCAUUGUCAUCGUUAUUUUUCAUCAUAUUUGAUUCAAAUUUCUUUUAUCGGGUAUUACUACUCUAAAGCCCAGUGUUUCGGCGGCCAACAAGGUUGUGAUAGCAAGAAAAGGUUCCAAUGUAACCUUGAUGCCGCCUUGGAAGGAAGGUUACAUCUCUUACAACCUCAGACUCCUGGGAAAUCAAAGGACUAGAAUUAAUAAAAAGUUACAACAGGGUAGAAAUUCUUUAGCCACACUGCUGAAAAAUGACUAAUUCGUACCACAGUGGCUGACUUCAGUAUUACCAAAAGUUUUUUUAAAAAGCCACAGACUGGGAAAUGAAUGUAUAAGUAUAUACAAGUAAUUUGUGUCCCGCCUUCCUUUGGGGCUAUGCACUCUCAUCUCGUCAAUCUUAGAGAGCGACUACGAACUGCUCUUGUGUCCAUGAAAGUUUUAAUUCCGUAUUUUUUCUUUUACCUUUUUCUUAAAUCAGGUGUUAUUGCUCUGAAGCCCAAGAUCUCGGUGGUCGAUAAGGCUGUUGUUGCACGAAAAGGUUGCACAGUAAAUUUGACAUGCUCUGCCACGAGCGUUAGAAAACUUACAACCUCAAGCUCUUGGAAAUUCAACGGACAAGAAAUAAAGAAAAGAAACAACAAAAUAAUAAUACCAAAGCCACACUAUCAGAUAAUUAAAAGAAAAGGAAACUUUACUUUAACCAUCAAGAAUGUUUAG